AUGAAACUUUAUUCAGAUCCCAGUUUUUUCUUCGAUCUUUGGAGCGAAGAAAUGUUACAAGAAACCAAGUCCAAAAAAGUAGCCAAGAAAAAGCGACCUAAGGCGAAAUUGAAAGCAAUCUCUAACAGAAAUUCACAUGACCAUGUCAUCACUAUCCAGCAACACGGAGUAGGUGACGGGCUGGUGCAUCUUGUUUGCUCUCCGAAUUAUCGUCAGCAGCUAGAUCGAAGAUCUGAUGCUAAUACUCCUCAGGCCAUAAGCAAUAAAACACCUUUACACAGUAUUACACAUCACGAUAGUGGAUGUAUUAACAACAAUAACGAUCAGCUUCUUCCUCCUCCCCCGCCUCCACCGACCUUUCCUUCUACGCCAGCAACUACGUCGGAUAAUUAUUUGGCUCCCAUGUCCAACAGAGUUCUACUUUCAAAUCAUCCCCCUCCUCCAAAGGCACCAAUUACACUUCAACCUUAUCCCCAACAUUCCCAACCUACUUGUCCCAAUGGAAUAGAUAAUUUUGUCAAUGGCAAUGAACCAUCAACUCCUGUUCAUCCACCUCCUCCACCAGUGCCAGCGUACAGCCAGGCAUCUGGUUAUGGUUUAUCAGCAAACGCUGUCAAUGAGAUUACUUAUCGCACAUCAGCAACAACGUGCGAACUUGAUGCGCACCAUGGCGAUCAAAAUAGCGUUAUUACUAAUGGCAGCAGCAACGACAUGUCG